AUGAGCACCAGGAACCUUCCCAGGCUCCUGGACCUCUCCAUCCAAUGUGUCUUGCAAAAUGAGGCCUCAGUCAUUGCUGCUCUGGAGUGGCUGCCCGUAGAUCUCUUCUCUCCCUUGUUCAAAGCAGCCUUUGAUGGGGGACACACAGAGAUAGUGAAGAGCAUGGUGUUCUCCUGGCCCUUCACCCAUCUCCACCUGGGAACUCUGGUGGAGGGUUGUGAAUCUCCCUAUGGCGUCUUAAAGGCUGUACUUGAUGGUCUUGAGAUGCUGCUUGCCCACAGGGUUCGACCCAGGAGAUGCAAACUGAGGCAGCUUGAUUUACGGCGCCACACGGACACCGAGAUCUGGAAUACGUGGCUCGUAUCCCAGUUCAGUGGCUUUGAGACUGCAUCACAGGAGCCUGAGGCCACCCCACCCAGUACUCAGAGUCCAGAAGAGGAGAGAUCCGGGUCAGAGGAGAGGCAUCAGCUCCUGCCCCCUGUGAAUGUGAUCAUAGACCUGCGCUUUCGGGAAGAAAUCCUGAAUGCAUUGCUCACCAUCCUUGGUGAAAUGGUCAAGGAGGGAAAGACUCUGCCUCCCCUGUACUGCAGGAAGGUGGAGUUUGUUGGGGAUGUGCCCCAAGUUCCUGUUCUUGAGGAGAUCCUGCAAAAGGUGCGGCUGGACUCUGUCUGGGAUGUGGAAGUGGAUGGCAGAUGGGACCUGCACGACCUCAACUGGUUUGCUCCUUACCUGUCCAAGAUGGUUAAUCUGCACACCAUCUCUCUCUCUGGAAUCACCCUAUGUUGCUUGGGGUCAUGCAGGCAGGAUGGGGUGCAGAUGCUUCUUGCUGAAUUCACCUCUCACUUUGUCGGGCUGUAUGAGAUCGAGGACCUCAUUCUGGAAUCUGUCCUCCUUCAUGGCCGCCUCCAUCAGCUGCUCACAUGCUUUCAGGCCCCCCUGAAGUCCCUCACCAUCAAUGCCUGCAAGCUUGUGGACUCUGACUUGACAUGCCUGUCCUGCUGUCGCUGUACCAGCCACCUGCAGUCCCUGGAUUUGAGUGGCGUGCCUCGGGUGGUGGCUAUGGAGGCCAGCGCUGGGCGGUGGACGUCCUUGGCGAGCUGCCAUGCAGAGCCAAGCUCCGGCCCCGCGCGCAUCCCGCAGUCCCAUGGUGAGGCGUCUGGAUGCGGUGAGCUUAUGAAGCGGCUCGUGGACACGGGGGACACGCUGGCUGCUUGCAUGGGCCUGAGCCUGCGCAGCCAGGGACCCCUGGCGCUGGCGGGCGCGCCAAGUGGCUCUCCCCGCAGCCUGCAGCGCCCACGGAAUCCAGCACCGGCCCGGCUUCUCCACUCAGGGGGUGCCUGCGAGCCCCCUCCUGGGGCGGCUAUGGGCGCAGAGCCCUUGCUGGCCUUCCGCUGA